UCCCAAAAGGCAACUUCCAAUCUGGGACGUCUUGGAUAGGAAAGUUGGGUCCGAUUAACGCGAUUUUGGCAUGCGGGGGACGUGUGAGACUACUGUGUAGAUGGCGGACGCUGCCUCUGCCGUGGCCCUUGAUCUGGACCCAUCAGAAGACGCGAGUUUCGUCUGACGGGGACAAAUUAGUGACGGGAUAGGCAACUUUUGUCCCUCGGAAGACGUCCGCCUACACUAGAGACGCUUGAAGAGCAUGAGAAUGACCAUUCUGGUGUUUCCAACGCUGGCACUCCGCGGGAUUCGUAUUCCGUGGCGUUUAUGUUUGAAAAUGAAAUCAGCUGACUGUACCGGACAGAAUGACUAUUUCAAAGCUCGCUAUACAGGCCUGUUGUUGAGCUGGUCUGCUAGCCAAGGUAGCGUCGGAAUGGAAACCUCAAGAUCUUCACACCUCGGCGGACAAGCUCUCCAAGUCAACCGAGACACGACUCAAUAAUGUACGCAGCCAUAGUUCCUUUCGCAGCUUUGCUGAGCCUCUUCUCCUACUUUAUCGUCUUCCCUUUAGUCGAGUACUUCCGAGACCCCAAGAGGCUGCGUCGAUUCCCGGCUUUCAAACCAUCGGCUGGCGUGACCAACCUGGUUUUCAUGCGCGAAGCUGCACUCGGAUUCCGAUCCAAGACCCUUUACGAGAAACACAAGCAACAUCCCGUGCUUCGGACUGGGCCCAACUCGCUUUCGUACGGCACAGUUGAUGCUAUCAAGGACAUCUACGGGCACGGAACGAAGUGCCUCAAGGGUGAAUUCUACGAAACCUUAGCAGGAACUCACUUCCACCUGGCCGAUGUCGUUGAUAAGGCCGAUCACGCUAGAAAACGUAAGGUUCUGUCGGCGGCGUACGCAUUGAAGAACCUCGAGAACUGGGAACACAAAGUCGCUGAUAAGACCGAACGCUUUAUUGUCGGUUGCGACAAGGCCUGCACCCAGCCCCUAAAAGAGGGUCUCCGUCCAGACCCAGCUGAUAUUGCCUUCGAUUACCGAGCGUGGUCGAAUUAUUUCAGUCUCGAUGCCAUUGCCGACAUUGGUCUAUCUGAGAGACUUGGAUUCCUAGACCAAGGUCACGAUCUUGUGCGCGCCGAGCGCAUGGAUGGUUCCAUUCACGAGGUGAACUACAGAGCCUGUCUACAUUCCACUGCCAUCGCCCAAUCGAUCACCGUUUGGGCGGGGGAUUGGUACAAGUUCAACCAUCGGCUAACGUCUCUGAUCUCGCCAACCUUUCGUCGAUGGUGGAACCUGAACAAGGGAUGGGAUGGCAUCGUUUAUCACCGUGCAACCCAGCGACUGAAACGCUACCAGGCUGGGGAAAAACUCGAAGAUUUUUUCCAGGCUUUGAUGGAAGAUAAGAAUGGAACUCCUAAUGGGCUUGACUGGGGCGAAAUCGUCGCGGAGGUGUCCAUCAUGAUGAAUGCCGGCUCAGACACGACGGCUAUUGCCAUGAACAACGUCAUGUACUGGUUGCUGAAGAAUCCUAGGUGCAUGGCAAAGUUGCGCGAAGAAAUCGAUGCUGUUAUGGAGCCAGAGGAAGUAGUGGCACCGUACGAUAAGGUCAAGCACUUGCCGUACCUGCGGGCGUGUCUUGACGAGUCACUACGGAUCGUGCCGCCAACGACAUUUGGUCUUCCGCGAAGAACUCCACCUGAGGGUGCCUACGUUCUCGGAGAGUUCAUUCCUGGAGGUACGACGGUUUCCAUUUCGGCGUACAUCGUCCACAGGGAUCCCAAGAUCUUUCCUGAGCCCGAGUCCUACGUCCCAGAGCGCUGGCUCGGUGACAAGGGCAAAGAACUGCAACCAUACUUUGUCAGCUUCAGCGCCGGUGCGCGAGGAUGCAUCGGACGGAACAUCAGUUACCUUGAGCAAACGGUUCUGUUGGCGAGUGUCUUGCACAGAUACAACUUUGCCUUGCCCUUCCCAGAGUGGGAACCGGAGAGGCGGGAGGCCAUGAACCUCAUGCCGAGCCCGAUGCCUUUGAAGGUUUGGCGCAGGGAGUUGGAGCAAGAAGAAUGAGACAGGCGAGAUGGCCGGGGAACGUUCGGUCAACGGUGAAGAUCGGUCACGACUGGCUGGCAGUGUGAUGAUCUAAUAGCAAAUAUCAAAAUAAUUGAAAUAUGACCCCUUGAGCUAAGGGAGUAAGUGAGAC